UCGAAUGCGGUAUUAGGCCGACAUCAACUACGCAUGUGCUUGCAAAAUAACGCAAACGGCGUUGCCCUUGAAGAGGAAAUAUUCUAUUUGCCCAGUUAACAGGGAAAUCCCACCUGGCUGAGCCAAAAAUUAAGAUUAUGGACAUUCCUCCAGCGUACAUCGACCUCGGCAAGUCUGCCAAGGAUGUCUUUAGCAAAGGAUAUGGCUUCGGUCUUAUCAAGUUGGAUUUGAAAACAAAGUCAGAAAAUGGACUUGAAUUUAAAAGCAUGGGUUCUGCCAACACUGAGACGAGCAAAAUAACCGGUGCUUUGGAGACAAGGUACAAAUGGGCUGAAAAUGGGCUGACCGUAACAGAGAAGUGGAACACCGACAACACCCUGGGCACAGAGAUCACCAUAGAAGACCAGCCGGCGAAGGGAUUGAAGCUGACCUUUGAUGCAUCCUUUUCUCCAAACACAGGCAAGAAGAGUGGGAAGAUGAAGACUAACUACAAGCGAGAGCACAUAAAUCUUGGAUGUGAUGUAGACUACGACAUUAAUGGCACUGCUGUGCAUGGUGCAGUAGUGGUGGGCUAUGAGGGCUGGCUUGCUGGCUACCAGGCUACGUUUGAGCCGAGGAAGAACAGAGUCACUCAUAGCAAUUUUGCUAUUGGCUACAAGACUAACGAAUUUCAACUUCAUACUAAUGUAAAUGAUGGAACUGAAUUUGGUGGAUCAAUCUACCAGAAGGUGAAUGACAAGCUGGAGACUGCAGUCAAUCUGGCCUGGACUGCUGGAAACAGUAACACCCAGUUUGGAAUAGCAGCGAGGUAUCAGACUGAUGAAAAUGCUUCAUUCUCGGCCAAAGUGAACAACUCAAGUCUUAUUGGUAUGGGAUACACUCAGACCCUGAAACCAGGAGUUAAGCUGACCCUCUCUACCCUUCUGGAUGGAAAGAACAUAAAUACAGGUGGACACAAGCUUGGACUAGGUCUGGAGUUUGAAGCAUAGAAAAGAAUAAAAUGAAAGGAAAAUUAAUUAAAAAAUAAGCAUACUCAUGUGAUUUUA